CGCGAUCUUUCCGGAACCGACCCUCCACGCGCAGUCGGAGCAUGUGUGCUGCGACAGGAGUGCCGAGAGGGCGGAGACUGUGCCGGAGGAGAAGCCCCUUUGGCCUGCCCUACGGAAGCCUGCGAGGAAGGGUGGUGACCGCCUGCCCUGUUCAGCUGUCCCGAUGCCCAGUGCCAUCGCCAGCCGCAAGACUCAGGAGAAGCCGCGGGAGAUCAUGGACGCGGCGGAAGAUUAUGCUAAAGAAAGAUACGGAGUAUCUUCAAUGAUACAGUCACAAGAAAAACCAGAUCGAGUUUUGGUGCGAGUUAGUGAUUUGACAGUACAAAAAGCUGAUGAAGUUGUUUGGGUGCGUGCAAGGGUUCAUACAAGCAGAGCUAAAGGGAAGCAGUGUUUCUUAGUCCUCCGUCAGCAGCAGUUUAACGUCCAGGCUCUUGUGGCAGUGGGAGACCAUGCGAGCAAGCAGAUGGUUAAAUUUGCUGCCAACAUCAACAAAGAGAGCAUCAUAGAUGUAGAAGGUGUUGUGAGAAAAGUGAAUCAGAAAAUUGGAAGCUGUACGCAGCAAGAUGUAGAGCUACAUGUUCAAAAGAUUUAUGUGAUCAGUUUGGCUGAACCCCGUUUGCCCUUGCAGUUGGAUGAUGCUGUUCGGCCUGAGGUGGAAGGAGAAGAGGAAGGAAGAGCUACUGUUAACCAGGAUACAAGAUUAGACAACAGAGUCAUUGAUCUUAGGACAUCAACUAGUCAGGCAGUCUUUCGUCUCCAGUCUGGCAUCUGCCAUCUUUUCCGAGAAACUUUAAUUAACAAGGGUUUUGUGGAGAUCCAGACUCCUAAAAUUAUCUCAGCUGCCAGUGAAGGGGGAGCCAAUGUAUUUACUGUGUCGUAUUUUAAAAAUAAUGCAUAUCUGGCUCAGUCCCCCCAGCUGUACAAGCAAAUGUGUAUUUGUGCUGAUUUUGAGAAGGUUUUCUGUAUUGGACCAGUAUUCAGAGCUGAAGACUCUAAUACCCACAGACAUCUAACUGAAUUUGUUGGUUUGGACAUUGAAAUGGCUUUUAAUUACCAUUACCAUGAGGUUGUGGAAGAAAUUGCUGACACCUUAGUACAGAUAUUCAAAGGACUUCAAGAAAGGUUUCAAACUGAAAUUCAGACGGUAAAUAAACAAUUCCCCUGUGAACCAUUCAAAUUUUUGGAGCCAACUUUAAGACUAGAGUAUUGUGAAGCAUUGGCUAUGCUUAGAGAAGCUGGAAUUGAAAUGGGAGAUGAAGAAGAUCUGAGUACACCAAAUGAGAAACUGUUGGGUCGUUUGGUAAAGGAAAAGUAUGAUACAGAUUUUUAUAUUCUUGAUAAAUAUCCAUUGGCUGUAAGACCUUUCUAUACCAUGCCUGACCCAAGAAAUCCUAAACAGUCCAACUCUUAUGAUAUGUUCAUGAGAGGAGAAGAAAUACUGUCAGGAGCUCAAAGAGUACAUGAUCCUCAGCUGCUAACAGAGAGAGCCUUACAUCAUGGAAUUGAUUUGGAGAAAAUUAAGGCGUACAUCGAUUCCUUCCGCUUCGGAGCCCCUCCUCAUGCUGGUGGAGGCAUUGGGUUGGAACGAGUGACUAUGCUGUUUUUGGGACUACACAAUAUUCGUCAGACUUCAUUGUUCCCCCGUGAUCCCAAGCGACUCACUCCUUAAAGAAAGCCAUGCUUUACAUUUUUUCCAGUAACCUACUAUUGAUCAGGCUGUACCUUAGGUACUUAAAAUAUGCAGUAGAAUACAUGUCUUAUCUAAAGUGCCACAGUUAAUUUUGGAUUCAUUCAGUAUAAGUUACUUUAAAACAGAACAUUUUUAUAACUUUGGACAUGCUUCAGUAGGAAAGGUUGAAUGUUUUAAUGAAAAGUUCAUAUGGUUAUGUUAAAAAUUCAUACUGUAUUACUACAAUUAAUGUUAACAAUUUUAAACAGAAUUGUAAAUUUUUUAUUUUCUAUAUUACAGUGGCUGCAAUAUUAAUGUCUUAAAUUUUCAAUAUUUGAACUUAUAUUUUUUAAUUCUGACAUCGAGAUAAAAAUUGGGGAGCAUUUGAGCUCCUCAGUAUAUGUCAUCAGUUUGAUUCAAAUAAACUGUUAUAAAAAUUCAAAAAAAAAAAGUUUUAGGGAGGUAUGUGAUAUUUUAAUGAAUGUAUAAGUGGCAUAUGAUGGAAAAUUAGACAGUAUCAGUUCUUAAAAGUCGUAUCCAGAAAUCAUGUAAUGCAGGUGAAAAUACUGGUUAGAAAAUAUGCAAUAUAAUAUUGUAUUACAUUGUAAAGUCUAAAUUUGAAAUUCAAUAAAAUUUUAAAGGUAA